AGACAUCCUUGCAUUUCUGUGUCAGUCAUUCUGCCUGCUAAGUGUGCACAUGUGUGAGAGUGAGCGUUUGCGGACAUGCCAUUUAGUGUCACAAAGAAGACAAUGAGAAACCUUUUAUUGUCCUGGUGGAAUGUGGCAGGAGAAGACAACAGGGGAGUAUGUCAUCGUCCCGAGUGCUUGGCACCAAUGUCCAGUCAGCUUGCACCAUGACACACAACAGCAUGAGACAGACAGGAACGAAUGACUGCUGUUAAGGAUACAUGAUCACAUUUGUGGAAAUUUUAUGAUUCAAAAGUCUGAAUCAAGAAUUGGAAACAUGCACUGACAAAAGUCUUCGAUGUGCAUUAACAAGAAUAACAUGACGUAAGUGUGUAGUCCUGCUCACGCAGAAGUUGGCGUUCUGACGUAGAACCGGGAUGCGCUGCGCCUUGUUUGCAAGCCGAGAAAGGCACACAAAAAGUAUUCUCCACUGAUGCCACAUGGACUGUUUUAACAAUGUUCUUACUACCUUUCUGGGUCUUGAAUGUGUCAGUUCCGUUACUGUUUAUGGAGGGUCAGAAAGCUCUCGGAUUUCAUCAGAGAUAUAUUCAUUUGUGUUCUGAAGAUGAACAAAGUUCUUAUGGGUUUGAAACAACAAGAGGAGUUUUGAGACAACUGUAGCAUCUGAGUGACCCUUGAGAUGGAGCUUCUCCCCCUGAGUGUGAUGAGUCCUGGAACUCGCCUUCAUCUGCGAGCGGACCCUUUAUGGCUUCAGCGCCAAGCUGUGGAGGAGCAGGUGGAGUUGUGGUGGUUCAACGAGCCACAUGUGUCUCUCCUGUGCUACUGUUUUUCAGUGGCCAUGGUUCUUAGCCUGGGCUCAGCCGGCGUGGGGCUCCUUUCAACCGCCUCCUCCGCCGCGGGACCCUCGGUUCUGUGGCGCUUGGGUGUAGGUUCCACUCUCUGUCUCCUGGCACUGGUGGUCCUCAUGAAGCAGCUGCUGAGCUCUGCAGUGCAAGACAUGGGCUGCAUACGCAGCCGCAGACGCAUCGAGCAGCUGCGCAGUGGAGGAACGGUGGAUCCUGUGCUGUUGCUCUUCACUGGUUUAGCACUGGUGGUGUGUGGGACUACGCUGCUCAGUCUCACUCAGCUGGACAUGCUGCUUUCUGGCGUGACCCUCCUGGCCAGUGGGGGUGCUGUGGUGCUAGGCGUGAUGGCGUAUGGACUAAUGGUUUAUGUGCAGGGAAGGAGAAACACGAGAAGGCAAAGGCGACGAAGGGUGAGAGUGUAUACUGUGACGGGGCAAAGGAACCGACCAUGGAGGGAUUCAACUUCCAGUCACUCAAAUUUGUUAUAAGAAUCAAGAAUUCCAUCUGGCUCUGGUUCCUACAUGAUACUAAGACCUAUUAGCACAAGCUGAUGUGUACAACACAAUAAAUGAGCUUCUUUUGUCUUAAUUUAAAAAAAAUCUUUAUUGACAAUCAAACGUCUCCAAAUCAAAUGCUUUCAUCUUUCAUUUUACGCGUCGUCUCCAUCGAGUGCCAGACGUUGGAACUUAUGAUUGGAAGUCAAAAUAAUCAAUUAAGAAAGUUCACUCCUUUAAAUACUUUUUCCCAGAAUGCAGUGCUUUCGACUUCAUCUUGCACUUCAUCUUGAUGAACUGGAACAUACUACUUGCUUUGGGUCUGUGGCAAAAAGUAAGCAUACUAUGCUAGUAUACUAUUCUGAAGUUAGCCUCUGGGAUAGUUCACCCAAAAAUGAAAAUUACCCCCUGAUUUAGUCACCUUCAAGCCAUCCUAGGUGUAUAUGACUUUCAUCUUUCAGACGAAUAUAAUUAGAGUUAUAAUUAAACAUGUCCUGGUUCAAAAAGGCAGUGAAUGGGUGUUGAGAUUGUGAAGUCCAUUAAAGUGCAUACAUCCAUCAUAAAAAGUACUCCACACAGCUUCGGAAGGUUAAUAUAGGCCUUCUGAAGCAAAUUGAUUUAUUUUUGUAAGAAAAAUAUCCAUAUUUAAUACUUUAUUAGUGGAAGUGGCGAACACGGUAGUGCAGAGGAGAGAGGACACCAAAACACUGGUCAUGAAUUAGAAAUACAAAACAAGGAUUUGUAAAGGAAAAUGUUGGAGGAUUUCGAUAUACAAAAACUUGGUUCUUGCAAGACUAGCAUAUUCUCACCAGAGCUUAUGCUAUGCCUACAUCAUCUGCUGGAACGCCACUCUCUCUGGAGCCAUGUGGAGCACUUUUUAUGAUGGAUGGAUGCACUUUAUUGGACUUCAAAAUUUCAACACCCAUUCACUGCCGUUAUAAAGCCUGGAAGGGCCAAGACUUUUUUUAAAUUGAUUGUAUUCAUUUGAAAGAAGAAAGUCAUAACCAUCUAGGAUUGCUUGAAGGUAAGUAAAUCAUGGGGAAAUUUUCAUUUUUGGGUGAACUACCCCUUUAACUUGAAGUGAAGUUGUUGACUUGAAGUCUGUUCUGCACAGCUGUCUACAGAUGGUGGCAAAAAUGAAAUGUCAAUAGUUAUUUCUAUACACACACUCUCAAAAAGGUACGGUUCUGUCACUAGGCCGGUAUAGCUACAAAAGUGAAAAGGUACAAAUAUGUACUUUUAAAGUACUAAUAUGUGUCUUCAAGGUACCAUCUGUACUUUCAAAGAUCUAAAAGGUACGUUUAAGGUACUAAUAUGUACCGUUUAGGGGUAGGUACAGUACAAACAUGUACCUUUUCACUUUUGUAUUUUAGGGUACCUCCCCAGCGACAGAACUGUACCUUUUGUUGUGACAGUGCAGUAUAGUGGUAUAUGUGUAAUGUAAUAAACUGUCAUGAGCUCUUCAUUAUUGUAUUCACUUAAACUAAAUAAACGUCAUGCUAAUUGUAUGCUAAGCAGUGAAAUAUAUGUACAUAAACAUGUUUGUUCAAUUAAGUGGGAAAACUUUUUUUCAUUUGCUUAAGUACUGAAUACACUUCCAUUACAAGUUACUUUUUGAACUUUGUUAGGCAAGCUUUUGGACAUUUAGAAAGAUAUUUAAAGAAAAAGGCACACUGGCAAAGGCAAACAAGAAGAACAGGCUGCAUGGUAAACAAUUAUUCUGGAUGGAUAUUAAUAUUUAUAAGCUUGAGGUGUUUGAGCUUUUGUCCAAACUGUGAUUAUAAGGAAACAGUUGUAUGCAAAAAAAACAUUAGAUUCAUCACUUGAAUAUCAUAAAGGAAUAUUCAGAGUUCAUAUCCAAGUUAAGCUCAAUCAACAGCAUUUGUGGCAUAAUAUUUAUUAUUAAUUAUAAAAAAAAAAUAAUAAUAAUAAUAAUUAAUUAUUUUUUAAAAUGAGGUUACUUUGAGAUACUUUCAAUGGAAGUGAACUGAGCUGAUUUUUGAAGGAUUUAAAAGAAGAAAUGUUUUCAUUCUUCUGUUAAAACCUGUGUAUUAUUUGAGCUGUAAAGCUGU